GUUGAGGAGAGCUCAUCAGAAGAUGAGCAAGUCACACGAAAAGAAACUGCCAAGGGACGUAAAGAGCAAAAACGGGACCAAAUAGCUUCUAGGCAAAAGAGCUUAAAGUCCAUAAUAUCGGAGAAUAUUGCCAAAAAGAAGGCGUCGCCCCUCUUCCCUUCAGAAGAUCAGCCAAUGACCACUUGUGAACACAGUGAUUGUGUCUCGAAGUUGCAGAGAUCAAAAAGAAAGCACAAGGAGGUACACGCCAAGAACAGCGAGCUGGAGCAGGAAAAUAAGAAACUCAAGACAUCAGUUCUUGAGUUGCAAAACUUAAAUAAAGACCUCCAACAACAGCUAUUAAAGACUCUGAGUGAAAAAACACAAGGUAAGCUAUGGGAAGAUCAAAAUCAAAAGUUUCUACAUCUUUUGGGCAGCAGAAUUAAAGGUACGGUGGACUAUCCAUGAUGACUUGACUAUAAUUAGAUUCAUUUGAAACUAUAGGAUUGAAGCCGGA